GAGAGAGAGCGAGAGAGAGAGAGAGAGAGAGAGAGAGCGGAAGCUGCUGCGGCUCGAUCAAAACCGAACCAACCACGCCCCCCGGCCCCCCAUCACUCGCGAGUCUCCGGGAGGGUGAAGAAGAAAAAAACAAGAGCCGGGAAGAAAGAUUAAACUACGUUUCCCUACAUCCCUUUCGGCUGUCAAACCCGUCCCUCCAGUCCCUACGUGUUCAGAAAAGAACGAACUGUUUCCGCUAUUACUUUCAAAUUAAAACUAUGUCCAGUGUACCUAGACAGGGCGACCAAAAAUACAAUAAAGGAAUACGUUUCCAAUCGACGCAUUCAUUAUAUGUAUAUAGGCAAAACAGAAGUUGCAUUUCCAUUUUUUAUUGAUCUUAAUAGAUUUCCAUUUUUCGACUUUAAAUAUGAUCUAUGAAGUAGAAGUAAAAACAGUCAUUAAAGAAUGCAAUGGGGUCUCUUUGAAAAAAUAAAGACUUUUAUCUUGAAGGCGGGACUGUACCAAAAGUGUCACUUCCGCUUGUUUCCAUCCAACGCUCGAGGUGUUUUGUAGUCAGCAAAGUUAGCAGUUUACAAUGGGAAGAAUGGAAACAGAUAUCUUUAGGUGUGUUGAAUGCAACGAAAAAGCACCGGAGCUACACAGGGAUUACAGUAACGGGAUCCUGAAGAUAACAAUAUGUGAGUCGUGCCAGAAGCCAGUGGACAAGUACAUUGAAUAUGACCCCGUUAUCAUCCUGAUUGAUGCCAUUUUGUGCAAGACGCAGGCUUUCAGACACAUAUUGUUCAACACAACCUUGGAUAUCCACUGGAAGUUGUGCGUGUUCUGCCUGCUGUGUGAGGCUUACCUCCGCUGGUCCCUCCUCCACGGCUCCGAGCAGAGCGGUGACCCUGCGGACAUCAUCCGGUACGCCAAGGAAUGGGACUUCUACAGCGCGUUUGGAUUGGCCGCCCUGGAGCUGUCGGCGUUCUGCGGCGGCGCGCUGUGGUUCCUCUGGGCGGCGACGGGGCGUCUGCGCGGCGGGACCCCUGAGCUCCGCCUGCUGCUCCGAGCGCUGCUGCUGUCCUGCUACGGCAAAGUGCUGCUCAUCCCCGCCGUCAUCUGGGAGCACGACUACUCGCCGCUCUGCCUGGGCCUCAUCAAGCUGUUUGUGCUCACCUCCAACUCGCAGGCCAUCAGGGUGAUCCUGAACUGCAGCAGACGCGUGUCGCUGGCGGCCGUGUGUUUCGGCCUGCUGUCGGAGACCUGCGUGGCUCAGGCCUGUAGACGGCUUCCAUGGAGCGUCCAGGACGUGUUGGCUUUCGAUUGAACGAGACCCAAUGGCGGUUGUUCGCAGAAAGUGACAAGUGGUCAAGGACCUGAGGCAGAGAGAGGCCGUCUUUUUUUAAUGAACGCUACACGCGGGGGCCGGGGGGAGGGUUGUUUUUUUGCUCCUUGAAGCCGGCUGUCAAAAGGAGCGCGACAUUGUUAUUUUGAUGUGCUCUUUACAGAGGGGGGAAAAAGAUAGGUCUUUUUUUCUGGAAGAAUGCAGUACACAACAAGCUCAAGACCUCGGUGUUCUAUUUGAUGUGAUUGCUUUACAGAGACAGACCCACACAGAGGACUCAAACGCAGACACUCGGGUUGGGAUUUGACAAUGACUGCUUCUCUGUUUGGAUAGGAGCCAGACGGCAGGCUCCACAUUCUUUGGUUCAUUGGUGAAAUGCUUAUCCUAACACACACAUACACACACACACAGGUUGAAUUGUGAGCAUGAAGUGGGGGUUAGUGGAUAAAUUGAAUGCCAGAUGACAGAAUUGUUAGCCACGCUAAAAGCUUUUACGUGUCAUUGUGAAAGGUUCCUGUUGGAUUGGAUUUUUGAAUCAGUAACCCACAUUUAGUUUAUUAGUUUAACAUUAUUUAAGCUGCAACUAACAAUUCAUUUUUUUUAAUGAUCAAGUAAUGUUUAUGAUGUCAUAAAGGAGAUGGGGAAGCUCCAUGGGGAUCUAUAUUUGUUAAUUUGUUGAAAUUACUGUGGUGUCUUAAAAUUGAAUUUUCCAAAAACAUCUUUAAAGGCGUUUUCUCGCAGUUCUUUUUUCUUCAGACUUUGAGCCUGAGCUCUUCAGCACCACCUCACCACACCAAACCCUCAAAUUGAAUUCCUGUCGCAAUUCUGAAGGUUUUUUUUUUUAUUGGUGGAUUUUUUUUAAGAGACAAAAGUAUGCAGCAAUGUCAACAAUGUUUGCUGAUUCAUGAUAAAACGAAAUAUCACAUAUAUCCUCUGUUACAACCAGCAGAAUAAAACCAGAAUUAGGUUUAGCUGGCUUCAUCCCAUGCUCAGAUAUUUACUCUAGGCUGGGCAGUAUUAUGUGUGGUUAUUAGGUGUUUUUAUCAGUCUCUGUCCCUUAAUGCGGGUUCAACCAUGUAUUGCUUUUUGCAGAUUUUAAAGAAAAAUAGGUCAAAUGCUUUCAGAUUUAACUUCCCAAGGUAACUUGCCAGAUCUUGUGAACGAGGUAAUGAAGCAAACAUUGGGGAACACGUGGGUAAACUUUCCCAAACCUCCCCUCACUCUCCCUGGAAUGUAUUUGUCUGUAAACAGUCCAACGUUCAAUCAGUAGAGCAAACGUCCGGCGCAGACUGGGGAAUGUCCCUCAUUAAAGGGACAGCUGAACUGACCCCCAGCAGCCCGAGAAGCCGGACCCGUGACGAGAGGCGAGGCCGAAUUCUUUCUGAACAAAACCACCUACUGACUGAGGAGUCGCCCCAGAAGAUCGAAUGACGUCCUCUCAAAGAUUGCACGUCAUGUGACACUCUGCUUUCCAAACCGUCAACUGCUCAAUUGUGUUGAUACACCAAAGUCCUGUGUUUUAACAUUCAUCAGAGGAGGUAUCCUCCACGUGUACUAUUCAACGCAGAUUCAAACCUUUAACGUAUUCUUUUUUUACUGCAAGCCAAAUUCCUGUUGAAACGUCUCUUUAUGCCACACGCAGUCCGUGCCCUGAAGUUUGCCAGAGACUUUGACUCCUGUGAUGGAUUACGUGAAACAAACUUCUCCCGUGGACCCUCAGAGACACGCUCUGUAUAUAAAGGCUGUCUGUUAUGUGAAAAUAUGACGAGAGUAAAUACAAUAUUUGUAUUCAAACACUA